CCUGCGCAAUUUAUUUGUGUUAGUCUCUCUGCCAUGUUGGCUUUUUUUUCCAUGGCGUGCGCGUCUUGCGGGUUAAAUAAAUUUAAUUUUUAUCGCAAUAUUUUUCAAUAAAAAAAUAAACAGUGAACUUUUAACAAAUAUACGUAUUUGUUGUGUUUUUGUGAAAUAACGUCCCCUUUUAUUGAGGGGUGCGGGUGGAUCGAGUGAUCCACAAAUAUCUCUCUUUGUAAUAAAAGAGAAAAAAAGCGGUUUCAAGUUUUUUUUUCUUUUUUUUUUAUUUUCCUUGUUAUAAUAUAGAAGCUCCUUUACAGUGUAUAGUGUUGUUUCUUCAUUAUAAUUUUGAAAUUCAACAUUUUUGAAAAAAAUGAUGUACACCGGAACAACGACAAUGCAGGACACAAGAUUCAGCGACAAGGAGAAGAAACUUUUGAAGCAAAUGAAAUUCGGAGAUUCAUUAGCACAAAAGGUCGAUAUGAGUAAAGUAAAACUGGACGUGAUAAAACCCUGGAUAACAACAAAAAUAACUCAACUUUUGGGAAUGGAAGACGAUGUUGUGGUAGAAUUUGUUUAUAAUCAAUUGGAGGAGAAGUUUCCCGAUCCAAGAAAAAUGCAAAUUAAUCUCACUGGUUUUUUGAAUGGAAAAAAUGCCCGUUCAUUUAUGGGUGAACUUUGGGAUUUAUUGGUAUCGGCACAGGAAAGUGUCACCGGAAUUCCUGAUGCUUUUCUACAACAAAAGAAAGAUCAAAUAAAGAAGCGAUUGGAAGAACAGGAGAAAUUGCAAGCGUCAAUAUCGGAAAAAGAAAAGGAAAAAGAGAGGGAAAAGGAGAAGGACGAAGCUGAGGCGAAAAUCAAGAAAGAAGAGAAAGAUUCCACGACCAAGGAACACAAAAGAGACAGAAGUCGUGAUCGUGAGAGAGACAGAAGCAAGAGAAGUAGAUCGAGAGAUCGUCACAGAGAUCGCGACAGAUCGGGACGUAAAAAACGUUCAACAUCACGUUCGCCGAGUAAAUCGGGAUCAAAGGACAAUGGAAAGGAUUCAAGCGAUAUUAAAAAUGAACGGGAAGAUUCACCAGCGACUGAUAUUCGUGAUAAUCCAAUUCCCAUGUUGCCAAUGAAACCAAAACCAGAAGCUGCUGUGGCAAUUUCUCGUCUACAAGCAAAAUUAAUGAGCAUUGCCGAUGGUAAAAAAAAGAAUCGUUCACCAACACCUGAUAAUAAUCAAGAGAAAAUUACACCACAACAACAGCAACAACAACAACAACAACAACAACGUAAAUCACGUUCAAAAUCACCUACGAAUCGUACAUUAAAAAAAUCUAAAUCCAAAUCACCAACACAAUUAAAAACAUCAUCAUCAUCAACAUCUCAGCGUCGUUCACGUUCACCAAUUUCCAAAUCACGUAAAUCACGUUCAAAAUCACCACGUUCACGUCGUUCGCGUUCAAAAUCGAAAACACGUCGUUCACGUUCAAAAUCACGUCGCUCUAAAUCCCGUUCAAUUGAACAACGUUCACGCAAUAGAAAAUCAAAAUCACCAAAAUCAAAAUCAUCAACGGCAAAUGAUGAUAAAUCACGUUCACGUAAUAGUCGUAAAUCACGUUCAAAAAGUAAUGAACGUGAUAAAUCACGUAAAUCACGUUCACCAUCGAGUGAUUCAAGAUCGUCGAGAUCAAAAUCACGUUCUAAAUCAAUGGAUAAGAGAAAAGGGACAACAACAACAACAACGACGUCGACAACAAAUGCAGAUGGAAGAAAAAGAAAUGCAAGCAGUAGUUCAAGUAGUGAUAGUGAUAAUGAUAAUAAUAAAGGAAAGGAUAAAAAUGAUUUUGAAAUAAGACGAAAGAAAGAUGGUGUUCAAGCGAAAAGAUCAUAUCGAAAGACAAAUAAAGAUGACAGUGGAAGUGACAGUGAUUCGAGUCGUGAUCGUAAAACAGGAAGUAAACGUCGUAGUCAAACGCCAAGAAAGGAUCGUGAUCGUUCAAAGGAUCGUGAUCGAUCGAGGGAUAGAUCACGUGAUAGAAAUCGAAGACGAUCAUCGUUAGACAGAGAUCGCGACAGGGACAGGGACAGGAGGAGAGAUCGAGAUCGUGAUCGUGAUCGUGAUCGUUUGGACAGAUAUAGCGGAAGUCGAGGAAUGCGUCCACCUUCCGUUCGAAGGGCUCCAAGUAGAAGAAGAAGUCCACCGCGAAGAAGUCCAGUGCGAUAUCGUCGACGAUCACCAAGUCCUAAUGAUCGUCGACGUGGAGGUGGUGGUCGACGUUCAUCGCCCGAUCGUAGACGACGUUCAUCAGAAAGACGCGACAGACGUCGUUCACCUGAACGUCGCGACAAUAGCCGACGACGUUCAUCAGAUAAUCGUGAUCGUUCACAUAGAUACGAUAGAUCAUUGUCACGUGAUCGUUCAAGUAAACGCGAUCGUUCAAGAGAUCGUCGCGAUCGUGAUAAAGAUCAUCGACGUUCAAAAUCGAAAGAUCGUAAAUCAUCGCCUGAAAGAAUAACAAAAGAAUCAACAACAACAACGACGGCGGCAACAUCAUCUUCAUCGGCUAAACGUACUUCAUCAUUGGAACGUGGUAAUUUAAAAGAUUCUUCUUCAUCAUCAUCUUCGGCUGCUGCUAAUGCUAAUAUUUCUAAUUCCGCUAAUUCAACGAAUGCAACGUCAGUGAAGGAUUCAAAGAGAAAUAAAUCGCGUGAACGAAAAAAUUCGAUUGAUGAAAAGAAUAGUAAAAAAUCAACGGAUUCAACGACACGUAAAGAUUUGAGAAAUGGACGUUCGAAAUCGAGUAGCUCGCAAAGUAGUGAGAGUAGUUCGUCAAGUGAUGAAGAGCAAACGAGACGAUCGGUUGAGAAAAAAUUGUCGCGGAGUAAAAGAGAAAAGGAACGUUUAGAGGAAAUGAAGAGAAAGGAGAAGGAAAAGGAGAAGGAAAUUUUGGAAAAGGAAAAAGAGAGAGAAAGAGAGAGGGAAAAGGAGAAAAUUGAAAAGGAAAAAGAAAAAGAGAAGGAAAAAGAAAAGGAAAAGGAGAAAAUAAUUGUUGAAAAAGAAAUUCCAAAACGUAUUGAGAAGGAUGUGAAAAAAGUUGUUGAGACAAUUGUUCAAAAAAAAUUGGAAACAAAUGUAUCGCCAAAGAAAAUACCAACGGCAAAUUUACCAAUUUCCAGACACAGAUUUUCCAAGAGUUUGUCGAGAACGCCUUCGCCUUUUAAGAAGACAGAGGACAUCAUUGCAGCUAAUAAAAUCAAGCAAACAAUAAUGAAGGACGAUAAAUUGGAAUCGCCGACAGUUAUUGCGGAAACAAUUGUCGCGGCAACAGCUGAAACUUUCCCUCUGAAAAAAGACGAUCGUUUGGAUAAAGUCGAGAGAAAUGUGAAAUCAACGAAAAUUGAAGAGAAAAAAAUUCCAAAAAUUGCCGAUGUUACUUUAACGAAAAAAAUUGUUGAAGCGCCAAAGAAAUCAAAGAGAGACAGACGCGAUGAAUCUUCCGAUUCUGAUGAUUCUGACGAUGGCCGUAAGAAAGCAAAGAAAGUUGAGAGACCGAGAAAAUCGAGAAAAGCCUCCACUGAAGAUGAAAAAUCAGACAAGAGUAAAAUUGCAUCGAGUUCCGAUUCCGAGGAGGAGAAAAAACCGGAAAAAACGAAAAAGAAUCGCGACACAAGUCGUACAGAAUCAAACGAUCGAAUUAAAGAGAAAAAGGAAUUAAAACGUCGUGAAAUUGAAUUGGAAAAAAAACGCUCGCGAAAAGAAAAUGACGAGGAAACAACAACAUCAAAAAAAUACAAAAGAUCGCGAAGAGAUUCAUCAUCACCUGAUGAGGAGCAACGUAAAAAAAAUCGUUCAUGUGAUGAUGAAAAACAAUCGAAAACAAAAUCAACAAAAUCAUCAACAAAAAGAGAUUCAAGUUCUGAUGAUGAGCCAAAAAAAUUACGUAAACGUCGUGCUGAUAGUUCAACGGAUGAUGAAAAAAUAAAAAGUCGUAAAUCGAGAAAAAAUUCAACGAGUGAUGAUGAAAUUACAACAACAACAACAACAGCAACAACAACAACGUCGAGGUCAAAAUCGUCGAAAAAAAAUAAACGUGAUUCAAGUUCUGACGAUGAUGAUAAUGAAAAGGAGACAAAGAAAAAACGUAAUAAAAAUGACGAUAGCAGCGAUGAGGAGAAGGUGAAAAAGAAGAGGAAAAAAAAGACAAAAACAAGUACCAGUGAAUCUGACGAAAGCGAAAUCGAGGAGAAGAAAAAGAAGAAAGACAAAAAACACAAAAAGCACAAGAAACACAAGAAGCAUAGAAAGCAUAAAAAGAAAAGAGUCGCCGAAUCAGAAGAAUCGGAUGCAAGCGAAGGAAAUACCGAGGAAUUGGAAAAGAAAUUACGCGAAAAAGCAUUGAAAUCAAUGAAAAAAGGUCACAGCGUGGAACAAAGUGACUAAAUUUUGGAGAGAAGAAAAAAGAAAAAGAAAAAG